AUGUACUGCCUAUCGCCGAACAAGUGCCGACCGGCGAAUCCACGUCUGAUUCGUGGCCGAAUUGUGUACAAAUCCAAACGCACUCUGAGUCGCGUGGAUCCACAACGAUCACAGGAGAACCUGUUGGCGACGGUCACCACCACGUCGGGUAGCGGCCUCGGUAAUUGCGUCGGGGGCGGAGGCGCCUCUGGAGGCGGAAGGUCGUCGGCAAUUGGAAGGACAGCACUCAGAUCGAGCCGGUCGCACGAAAGCCUCCUCAACUACAAUACAUGCCUAAUCGACCUUGGUGAAGACGCCAGGUUACAUCCAGUUCAUCCGUCAGUGCUAGAUGUACCGAACUGUUUCCGUGUCGCCAACACAUACUACGCGUGCCGUACACCGCUUGAGCGUGCCAAAUGGAUUGAAAAGUAA